GUUUGUUGUUGUGUCACAGGAGCUGCACCGCAGCCUCAUUGCUACGGUUUGAAGUGAAGAGUUAUUUAUAUAUCUCUGCUUUUAAAAUGUCUUUUUCAAGAGCCCCUUUGAAAAGGUUCAACGAGCACUUAGGUUGUGCCCCUGCACCGGGAUCCUAUGAGGUUAAACCUGGAGACAUGAGGGGAGCUGCUUCCUUCGACAGGUCUGAUCGAUUCAAACUUGUUAAGACAGCUCUACUGCCUCCACCGUCCCCCUCCAAAGCUUUAAUGUCACCUGUUCGCAGAACUAUGUCGGUUGAUAGGCUGGUCGAAGGGUCAAGUGUAAAGAAAGACAAGAUUGCCAUGACUGUGGAGAGGAAACAACAGAAACUCUUGGAGAAAGAGAUAAGGUCCCUAGUUCAACAGCGAGGGGAGCAGGAUCGUCGCUCACUGGCUCUGGAAGAAGAGCUGAAGAAGGUGGAGGCCAAACUGCUGGCUGCAGUUCGGGAGAAGACGGGCCAUGCUGCGAAUGUCACGACCCUUGAAAGACAGCGUGCUGAGCUCAAGAAAGUCAACGAGUUCUUAAAAAACAAGGUGUCUGCUGACACUACAAAAAAGAAAAUCAAUUCUCUCACAAUGGAGUUGAUGGAGGCCAGGAGCACUUUGGAUCUGAAAAACAAGGAGUUAAGUGUACUGCACGUUAACACCAAAGGCCAACUGAAGCUGCUGGAAACUGACCUGCAUGCUGCCAGAACUACAGUCACUACACUCAAAGACAGAAACAAAGACUUGGAGGACCUUCAUCAUGUGACCAAAACCCUGAAUGAAGAGUUUGAGAAUGAGAUUGCCAAACUGCAAGCUGUGAUUCGGGAGCUGAGAGAGGAGAUUAGAGCCCUGCAGGGAUACCUGGACACGGCCAAUGACAAGAUCCAGGAUCUUCGCUUGAAUCUCAAAGAGCAGAUGCGGGAGAAGGCUGUCGCUGGUUGUCAGGUGGAGAAAACAAAAGAGCUAGAGACAGAACUAGAGCAGUGCACUGCUGAGUUAAACAACACUCAAGAGGAGCUGAGACGUAAAGAGGAGGAGGCUCAGAGAUUCAAACAAGAGCUGCACUCUUCAAAGGCUGCUUUAGUGGAAGUGGAGAAGAGGUUGGAGGAUCAGGAGCUGGAGCUUCAGUCUUCACAGACGUCGGUGAGCGACAUGGAGGAGCAAAUGAAGACAGCCAACCAAGAAGUCCAAGAGUCUCGAGCAACGGUCCGGCAGCAGGAGACCGAGCUUGCGAGGCUGAGGGAGGUGCUCAGGAGGACAGAGAAGGAGCUUGAUGAGAGGGUGGAACAUCUUGAACAGAGGUAUCUGUUCUGUGAGGAAGAGAGAUGCAAGACUCAAGAGCAGGGUCUGAGGAGGGUGCAGGAGUUGAAGACGGAGCUUAAUUUGCUAAAGGAGGCUAAAAGAGAUGAGAGCAACAGACUGAUUCAGCUCGAGCAAGAACACUCCGCUCUAACUGAGGAGCUGACGAAAGAAAAGGCACUCGUAGACUCCCUAACCGUGCUGGUGGAGCAGGAGCGGGAGGAGUCAGAGGAGAGGUUCAGACAGCUCAAGGAGGAGAUGGAGGAGGUGCUGGGAGAGCUUGCUGUCUUGGAGGAGCAGGAGGAGGGGAGGCAGGAGGCUCUGAAGAGGCAUCAGGAGGAAAAGGAAGAGUUGAAAAAACAGCUGAGUGACACCUGGGCAGUGUCUGAGAGUAAGAACAAUGAUGUCGCUGCUUUAAAAGAGGAACAUUUAGCUGCUAAGAGGGAACUCCAAGAAGCACUCACAAACUCACUGAGCAAGAUGGCAGACGUUGUCUUGGAACUGGAGAGCGCUAAAGAGGCUCUGAAGGCAGCCGAGACGAGACGGACAGAGCUGGAAGCAGAGGUGGACAGAGUAACCGACCAGAUGAAAGAGGAGACGGCUAAAGUGGCUCAACAGAAAGAUGAGGAGAUCAACCGAGUGAAGGAGGCCUUAGAAGAGCACCAGGAGAGGCAGUCGGCUGAGGGGAAAGCCAGGGAGGAGGAUUCAAGACAUUUGCUGGAGAUGCAGACAUCCCUCGCACAAAAAGAGGAGGAGAUGAAGGCAGUGGAGGCGAGUCGCACAGCUCUGAUCAGUGAUCUACAACUGCAGACGAAAGAGAGAGAGGAGGCAGUGGAGCAGCUAGAGCUGCAGAAAGGUCAGAGUGUGAGAGCCCAGAAACUGCUAGAGAAGGUCAGCCAGGAAAAAGAGGAAAUAAUGGAACAGCUACGACAAGAAAGAGAAGAGAAAGUGAAGAUCCAGACAGCCCUGCAGGAGGAAAGGGGAGCAUUGGACGUUGAAAGGAAAGAGCACAAGCAGGUCAGGUCAGAGGUGCUCGGACUACAAACCCAGCUUGAGAGAGUAGACGAGGAAAGGACACGUCUUCUGUCUGAAGUAGAACUGAAAGAGCAGGCCAGGCUCGCUCUCCAGAAUACGCUGAACAUGGCAGAGCAGGAGAGGAAUCAACUUCAAUCUCGCCUGGGUGAGGUGGAACAAGGUGGUGCAAGCUUCCGGGCCCAAUUAGAGCUCAUGGAAGAGAAGACGCAGACUCUUCAGUUUAUGUUGGAGGAACAACAACAUGACAGAAGGGCUCUGCAAAAGCAGGUAGAAGUACUGACACAGGAAAAGGUCACACUUCAGUGGGAGAUGGAGGAGCAGCGACAGGAACUCCACAAACAAAUAAGUGAAGCCCAGGAGAAAAGCUCACAAAGUUCAGAGGUGGAACGCUGGAGGAAACAAUUUGAGGAACUGUUUGCUAAAGUCAAGCCCUUCCAGGAACAGCUCAAUGCGUUUGCAGCGGAGCGCAAUGCACUGCUCAAUGAAAACGGAGCGAACCAGGAAGAGUUAAACAAGCUGUCUGACGCCUACGCUCGUCUGCUGGGACACCAGAACCAGAAGCAGAAGAUCAAACACGUGAUGCAGCUAAAAGAUGAGAAUACCUCUCUGAAACAGGAGUUGUCUAAGCUGCGGUCUCAGGUGAGCCGACAGAAGACUGACCUGCAGCAGCUGAAGUCGAGCCUUCCUGGAGCCGCCCGCCGCAAGUUUGAUCCCAGCAAAGCUUUCCAACACGACAAAGAGAAUAGGCAAAGUGACCGGACUCAACCUCUUAAAGAAGGAAAUCAUGCGUGAUGGAGCUCAUCGUCUUCACAAGAGCCAACAACUAAUCGGGUCCCAAAUUACAUUAGAAUGGUAAUUUGAAAACUUAGUAUUUUACUUUGACUCUUUUUAUUUCUAUAUACUAAACAGUUAGGUCAUCAUUCUUAAAGUUUUACACUUUCUGUUUUCAUUUUUCUAAUAAAUAUUGUGUUUGUGUGUGUGUACAGGAUUGAGAAAAAGGUCGAGUGAGCAUUAAAGAUGAGAUGCUUUUAAGUGUUGAAUGUGUCAUUGAGUUAGAUCUUUAUAUCUGUUUUAGUCAUUGUAACCCUUUCAUGUGAACCUUUCUUCUUUGUAAAUAAAGACAGAUGUUAACAUUCUUCUAAA